AUGAAAGAGUAUGACACCGACGGUGAUGGUGUAUUGCGUGGUGAGGAAGUGCGUCGUUGGUUGAUCCCCGAUGUAAAGAUGGUGGCCAGACAGGAAGCGGCACAUCUUAUCAGUGGCGCUGAUAAAGACAAGGAUGGAAAGUUAACUUUCUUGGAGAUUUUGGAUGCCCAUCAGCUGUUUGUUGGUUCUGAAGCCACUAAUUACGGGGAGGAUCUGCACAAAAUCUCUCAUACUGAACUCUAA